AUGUGUCCCUCGGUAAUGCCUUUUGCUAAGUCCAAGCUUCUCAAAACUUCCAUCUACCCUUCUGAACUCUAUACCCUUUCCGCCCGAGUCUCCAAUCCUGAAGCCGCUGAUUUUCCCGGAUUCUUGGACAACCCUUUUGUCACACCUAUUACUCCGCCAGCUGCUUACACCAACUUUCUCAAGAACGUAUAUCGCGAGAAUGCAUCGCAAAUUGCAUUAUCGUCCUUGUCUUCGCUCCCGAGGGAUCAUAAAAUCGGUGUGAGUCACCUCGAUUCAUUGGAAAUAUCGUCAUAUGUUCGUCAAUCAAAUUAUUCUUCUUUGGAGCGGCCAUCUACCUAA